AUGUCUAUUUCUGAUAUCAUCACAAGAUUAAAUUAUCACAAAUCUGUGAUAUUCCCACUGUUGGGUCAAUCUCGCUCAUUAUCUGAGACGUUUCAUCGACACAUUCGACAACUACAGUUUCAAUGGUUUGAUGCCAACAGUCCUUCUUAUCUCCGAUACCUUGGAUAUCCUUUCUGA